AGGAUGCCCUGCGCCUGCUGGCCCAGAUGCGCGAGGGGCGUGUGCUCCCCAACGUGAUCACCUACAACGCGACCAUAGGCGCGUGCGAGAAGAGCAACCAGUGGCAGCAGGCGCUGGGAUUGUUCGACGAGAUGAAGCGCGAGCGGGUCAAGCACGACGUGAUCACCUACAACUCUCUCGUCAGCGCCGUCAGCAAAAACAAGCAGUGGGCAAGGUCCGCACAAUUCCUUGCGGAGCGAAGUGGGCGCUUCAGGGCCCUGACGCUGCUCCGGCAGCUGCGGGGCGAGCGCCUGCGGCCGACCGUGGUGACCUUCAGCACCAUCAUCAAGGCGCUUACGCGGGGUGGCGAGUGGGCGACGGCCUUGGAUUUGUUUAGGCUGAUGCAGGAGGCCGGCAUCUCUCCCGACGUGGUGAGCUACAACAUCGCCCUGGGCGCCUGCGGCGAGGGCGGGCAGUGGCAGACGAUGAGCGAGCUCAUGCACGACAUGUCCUGGCGGCGCAUCCGCCCUGACCAGGUCACCUACAGCACGGCCAUCAGCGCCGCCGGCAGGAGCCAGCAGUGCGCCCUCGCCGUGGACUUGUUCCACCAGAUGCAGCGGGAGAGCAUCCGACCGGACGUGAUCACGUGCAACGCGGUGGUGUCUGCGUACGGUAAGAGCAAGCAGCUGGACAACGCCCUGUCACUCGUGCGCGAGAUGCGGCAGCAGGGCAUCCACCCCGACAGGCAGACGUACACGGCCGCCAUCCAGGCCACCGAAAAGGUGGGGCGCUGGACAAUAGCGCUGGACCUGUUCCGCCAGAUGCGCGCUGACGCCAUCUCCCCCGACUCCAUCGCUUACAGUUCCGCCAUCAGCGCCUGCGACAAGGGCAGCAGCAGCGGCUGCUACACGCUGGAGUUCCUGCGGCAGAUGCAGCAGGACGGCCUGCAGCCGAACCUGGUCACCUGCAGCGCUGCCAUCAGCGCGUUCGCGAAGAGCAAGCGGGCCGCAGAGGGGGGUGUCUGCACUUGCUUGCCCGCGUUCCAGGGCACGGAGGCCAGCAGGCCGCCCCGCCCCGUGGCCGCGGGAGCACCAGGCUCUACAGUCGGGGCGCUGAAGAAGGCUCCCGCGGGCGAGGGGCCGGAGGCGCGGCCGCGGCGGGCGAUGGAGAAGGGGUGCAGCUUGUGCCGCGGCACGGCCAGCGUGAAGAAAGACGCGAAGGGACGACUCGUGUGCGCGAGCUGCGCCGAGCUCUCCCGGGCGCCGCCCUGCUGCGCCUGCGGCGAGCCGGUGCUCAACGCGCCCGCCGGCAGUGACCCCUACCACGAGAUGUGCCGGCGCUGCAGCUCCUGCAUGCAGGUCACCACGAGCGGACAGCGUCCUUCUGGUCGGCCGCCUGCUGUGCAGGCAGUGCGAUCAGCUCUUCGGCAAGUUCUUCUUGCCUAA